CCCUCCAGCCAUCAGCAACAUGAAGGUCUCCGUCUGGGCUCUCUUCUUCCUGUCAGCCCUGGUGGCCAUCUCGGGGGUGAGAGGCAAGGAGGUCCUGAAGGUCUGCGGGCGAGAUUUCAUCAGGGCUAUCGUCUAUACCUGUGGCAGCUCUCGCUGGAAGAGGGACCUGCACUACGCCCUGGAAGACGGUGAGAUAAGGGGGGCCUGCUGGGAAGGGGAAAAGCACUUUGAGGCGCCAAACGAAAAUGGAGCUUCCUAUGACCUCGUGGAUCACAGUCUCUUCUCCGCCCAGUCCCCUGCUGGCGAAAUCCCCACCCAGAAGCACCAAGUAAUGGGCACCGGGCAACGGAAGAGGCGGGCGGACAUGGCAGACCUGGCCACCUUCUGCUGCCGGACGGGCUGUACUGCCACGGAACUCAGCAAGCUGUGCUAGGGCCCACAGGGAGGGUGGAGCGGCCCAUGCCCGGUGCUGCUGAAAACCAGGG